UUGACAGUAAGCAGCACAGCUGGAACCAGAUCUAGUUCUGCAGACAACAGAGCUUAACCACUGAGCCUUAUCAGCGAGAGCUGUAAAAUACAACAUCUGAACACCACACUGACAGUUUGAAAAGGGCAAAUGUGUCUGAUACAGAAGAUUGUGUAUUUUGGGCCCAUCACACCAUUUGUAGAGACCUGACUCUCAAGUAGAGUUUUUUGCAGGAGGUGAUUUUCAUGCUUAAGUGUUAUUGUUUGGGAUAAUAAUCAACUUUGAGGGCUCCUUAAUUAAUCAAUACAAAUGCUGUGUAGAUGGAGAACUUGGGUUAAAUCUUAGCCCUGCCCCUUACCAGCCAUAUGAACCUGGGCAUACUGAAUACAAUAGUGCAUAUAAAUAUUUAGUUUAUUGCCUAGCACACAUUAAGUGCUCUAUAACCAUUUGCUAUUAUUCUUUUUAUUAUCAACACAUUUUUGGUGCACACCUAUUUUGGAUAGAUAUCAUUAAUGGCACUAAGUGUUGGCUCUAAAAUUUUAAUAUAGGAGAGAUUCAGGGACAGCAUUCUGGUUAGGGGAAGAAGAGAAAGCAGAUUUACCUUAAAGCUGCUUAACAUAACGAACAGCUUGAGAAACCAACAGGUUUACAUACCAAUGUCUAGGGAGGGUAGACUGACAAACCUUAGGGGGGCUACAACUAUAAGUUCUUUAGAGAAUGCAUAUUUCAUACCCAUGGAACUGCCAUUGUGCUAGAAAAGAAUAUCUUAUACCACCACCUUUAAGAAAAUCAAACAUGUAAAUAAAUCAUGUGGUAGGAGACUUCCUGAAGGAGAGAUCUUACCAAGCACUUGGCAAUUUGGAAGAAGGAGCUGACAAUGCUUUGUGGAGGUGAGUUCAACUUCACAGAUAUAUUUGAGGUGGGUCUUGUGGGACAUGUAACAAUAUGCCAAACAGAGAAACAUAAGAGCCAGCUAAGGAAAUAAAACAGGAUGAACAAAGGCUUGAUAACAUUUAAAGGACUGGGAUAGUCAGGAAAUGGCAUUUUGAGGAAUGGCCUAACAGUUAGUGUGGCUACAAUUUAGGAUUUAGGCUGGGGGGCAUAAUACCAGGAGAUUAGCCCACAGGGAUAGGUUGGCCAGAUAGUCUGCCAGGGUAAAGCAUUUGUACUUCAUCAUUUAGGUAAUGGCUAACCCCUGAUAAUUUUUUUAAAAUUUUUAUUUAAGACAGCGAGAGAGAGAGAGAAAGUGACAGAGUGUGGGAGUGAGCAGGAGAAGGGCAGAGAGAGAGAGGGAGAGAGAGAAUCUCAAGCAGGCUCCAUACUCAGCAAGCGGCCUGACUCAGGCUUGAUAGAUCUCACAACCAUGAGAUCAUGACCUGAGCCAAAAUCAAGAGUCAGAUGCUUAACUGACUGAGCCACCCAGGUGCCCCAACCCCCAAUAAUUUUUAAAGAAGGAAACACUAUGAUCAAAUCCUUAUUUUAAGGAUAUAAAAAAAUCAAUGUAUAGUGUCAACUGAGAGAGAUUCCAGUUGUUUUAGUGAGAAUGUGCCAGGUUGUGCUACAAUAAUAAACAAACCUAAAGUUUUAAGGGCUUAAAACAACUUAUUUUUCUCUUCCAAUGGGUUCCACAUGGAUCAGUAAGGGUCUUAUGACACAUAAUCCCUCAAUAUUCCAUCUUGGAACUGUACCAUCUGGAUAGAACACAAGUCCUCCUUGUCAGCAAGGGAAGGGAGAAUUAAUCACACAGCCUUGCCUAACUGAAGAAAGGCUGGAAUUGUUGAUGAGCAAAUGGAAUGUCUGAUCCACCUCCUUAUCUUCCUUCCCCAGAGACACCACUAUCAAGAAUCUGGAACAAGGCCAUGGGACUCAAAAUGUUCUUUUCCAUUGUGAGAGAUAUUGAGCCUAUAGUAACACCCUGAAAGUGGACUACUCAGUGAAUUUUCAGGCUGUCAUUGGAACCAUGGAGCCAAGUCAUGUCUGCCCACAGCUGCUGGCAUUUGCAUCCCUGGGCACUGAGGUCUGAAACUCGACCCUGGCAAAGGCCCUACCCCCUUGGAGGAAAUGGCUGAACAGCCCGAGCAACAGCAGAUGAAAACUUCCUUCCUCUUCAUCCAGCUGCAGGCCCCCCUUGCCCGAGCUCACCCCUCCCAGUCUCCAGCUACUGCAGCCUGGACAGCAGCCCCAGGGGGCCUGGAGGAGGGACACAUUUUCCCAAGUCCCAGGACUGGCUUCUUGGCAGGCCGGGACCUCAGGCACACACAGGGCUUGGCUGCUCCUCCCUCCCGCCUGCUGCAGAAGGGGGGCUCUGGGACAGAGGAACCAGCUGCUUUCAGUUGCUCUGCUCUGAAGGAGGAGGAGAGAGAGGAAAAAUCCCAGGAUCUGGAUGUAAGAAGAGGUGGUGUCUGCAGAACCCCACGUCACAGGCCUUCCCCGGCCCCCGCCUCCAGGAAAUUUGGACGACUGCAGCCCCUGUCAUGCAGACUUCGUAGCCCAGCUCCCGUUAUGAGCAAUGAAAGCAACAAUCCCUCCAUGGGCUGGGAGCACUGGCCAGUCAUCACUGCCCCCCAGGACCUGUGGAGCAAGGACCCUUCGUCUUGGGAUGCCUUGGGAUGUUCAAUGCCACAGGUCAUCCUGGCUCACGCUACUGACAGGGGUGAAAGUACUAUGCUGAGGAGAGGUGUUGCUACCUGCCAGAUUCUUCCCAAGAGCUGUGAAGAGGGCAUCAGCACCACUGUGCAAGCUAGGAGAGCAAGGCUCUACAGAUACUGUCCGCCCAUUCAGACCAGCAAGAGCUACCCGGCCCUGCCUGCCGCUCUGCCUCUCAAGGCAGAGACAUUUGUUUGGGUUAACAAUGCAUCGUCUCAUUCCCAGAGUGUUGCCAAGGCCAAAUAUGAAUUUUUAUUUGGCAUAUCUAAAGAGAAACCUCCAGAUACUAGUGAUCAUGGAGGAAGCACUUUACUCCCACCAAAUGUCACAAAUGAAUUUCCAGAAUAUGGGACCAUGGAGGAUAGUGGAGAAGGCCUAAGAACUUCUCUUGGGUUUGAUACAGAGUCUCUGCCAGGCUGCCCACAAGGGCAGCUGGGGGUCCAGCUUCUUCAUGGCCACCAGUCUGGGCUUGAGAGUGUUACCGAAGGACCAAAAGAUGUCAGAGAGUCCCUCUCUCAAAGUCACCUCAAGGAACAAAGUUUACAACCCAUUGACUCCUUGAUUUCAACCCUGAAAGCCACAGAGGCCAGAAAAGCUUCAGGAACAUUACAGGCUACAAAGGUACUGGACAAAGAUGCUAUUUCUAGUUUUUCAGUUCAGCAGGUGGAUAAAGAGCUGGACACUGUCCCUCAUAAAACAAAGAGACAGGGAGCCAAAAAAUUAUUUCCUCCUGGCCAAGAAAAAGCACCAGAUAUACCUCUUUCAGCUGAAGUUACGACUGAGGAGAACUUUUAUUUGAGCAUCCAGAAGGAUCAGACUGUACUCUUAACCGGAGAAGCUCAGGCACAGCUUUCCAAGAUAACUAAUAAUGGUAGAAAAGGGGCUGUCCAUGUGCAGGAGCCAGCUUGUUCUAUAUCCUCCCUGGGGAGCCCAGCAGUGACGCAUACCUCUGCAGGCAGUGUUGCUCUUUUGAGAGAGAAGAGGUCUGAUCAAGGUAGCUCCACAGGACGCCCAGGCCGGGUCAAACACGUGGAAUUUCAAGGAGUGGAAAUAUUGUGGACAGGAGGGGAGAAAAGAGAGAUACAGCAUCCUGUGGAUUUUGAGAUAUCAUUGGAAAGGAGCACCUCUCCUGAAAACAGAGAACUUUCCAGAGUGCCAACCCAUCUCAUUUCAUGUGCUGGUUUGUAUAAUUCAGUUGGUUUAACUGAGAGUGUUUGGGAUGAAACCUGGAGAUCAUCAGAGAAGCUGGGCACCAGCUCAGGGACGUUUUCCCCUCUGCCUCUUGUUGAGAGUGGAGAGGAUGAAGUCUUCCUAAAGGAAAACAAAGAACAUCUUGAGAAGAAACCUGAACUGGAGAGAGACAAGGAAAGGAUUCUUGAGCAAGAGGAGCACUUUAGGGGAGGAGAUGAUGAUGUCCUUGGGCCUGCCUAUACAGAGGACUCCACUGAUGUGUACAGCUCCCAGUUUGAAACCAUUUUGGACAACACUUCCUUAUACUACAGUGCUGAGUCCUUGGAGACAUUAUAUUCAGAACCUGAUAGCUAUUUUAGCUUUGAAAUGCCUCUCACUCCAAUGAUACAGCAACGCAUUAAAGAAGGCAGUCAGUUUCUGGAGAGGACAACAGUGGCAGGACAGCAAGACGUCCUGAGUGUCUCAGCAGAUGGUGGAAUAGUGAUGGGUUAUUCUAGUGGGAUCACCAACGGGCUGAAUGACACCAGUGACUCCAUCUACACGAAAGGCACACCAGAGAUUGCUUUCUGGGGAAGCAAUGCUGGGGUAAAAACAGCACUACUAGAGACUCAUUCUGAGAUGGGGAGCACUGAAAUUCUGGAAAAGGAGACCUCAGAAAGUCUCAGUAAUGGUACCAGCAGCAACAUAGAAGCAGCCAAAAGGUUGGCCAAACGCCUUUAUCAACUAGACAGAUUCAAAAGAUCGGAUGUCGCAAAGCACCUAGGCAAGAACAAUGAAUUUAGCAAACUAGUUGCAGAAGAAUAUCUGAAGUUUUUUGAUUUUACAGGAAUGACACUGGAUCAGUCUCUCAGGUAUUUCUUUAAAGCAUUUUCUCUUGUGGGAGAAACUCAAGAACGAGAGAGAGUUUUAAUACAUUUCUCCAAUAGAUAUUUUUACUGUAACCCAGACACUAUUGCUUCACAAGAUGGAGUCCAUUGCCUCACCUGUGCAAUGAUGCUUCUUAACACAGAUCUCCAUGGCCAUAAUAUUGGAAAGAAGAUGACCUGCCAAGAGUUCAUUGCAAACCUCCAAGGGGUAAAUGAAGGUGGUGAUUUCUCCAAGGAUCUAUUGAAAGCUCUGUACAACUCAAUUAAGAAUGAGAAGCUUGAAUGGGCAGUAGAUGAUGAAGAGAAAAAAAAAUCUCCAACUGAAGGAACUGAUGAGAAGGCUAAUGGAACACAUCCAAAGACCAUCAGUCGUAUUGGGAGUACUACCAACCCAUUCUUAGACAUUCCUCAUGACCCAAAUGCUGCUAUAUACAAAAGUGGAUUCUUGGCUCGGAAAAUCCAUGCAGAUAUGGAUGGGAAGAAGACUCCAAGAGGGAAGCGAGGAUGGAAAACAUUUUAUGCUGUACUAAAAGGAACAGUCCUUUACUUGCAAAAGGAUGAAUAUAAACCUGAAAAGGCCCUGUCUGAAGAGGAUUUGAAAAACGCCGUGAGUGUGCAUCAUGCGCUGGCAUCCAAGGCCAUAGACUACGAGAAGAAGCCGAAUGUACUUAAACUUAAAACUGCCGACUGGAGGGUCUUGCUUUUUCAAGCUCAGAGUGCAGAGGAAAUGCAAGGAUGGAUAAACAAAAUUAAUUGUGUUGCAGCUGUAUUUUCUGCACCACCAUUUCCAGCAGCCAUUGGUUCUCAGAAGAAGUUUAGUCGUCCACUUCUGCCUGCUACUACAACAAAACUGUCUCAGGAGGAACAGCUGAAAUCUCAUGAAAGCAAACUGAAGCAGAUUACCACUGAGCUGGCUGAACACCGCUCAUAUCCCCCGGAUAAGAAAGUUAAAGCCAAGGAGAUAGAUGAAUACAGACUGAAAGAUCACUAUCUGGAAUUUGAGGAGCAGUGCAAGGACAUUUCUCAAUACAAUGCCAACUGCCACAAGUCAAAUCCACCUCUGGAACAAAAGAAAACCCGUUAUGAAAUUUAUGUCAGCAUUCUAAAAGAAGGAGGCAAGGAGCUCCUGAGUAACAAUGAAAUUGAGGCUGCAGGACUGAAGAAGUCACAUUCAAGUCCUUCACUGAACCCAGAUUCAUCUCCAGUCACAGCCAAGGUCAAGCGUAAUGUGUCAGAGAGGAAAGAUCACCGACCUGAAACACCAAGCAUUAAGCAAAAAGUUACUUAGAAUCGAUCUGUGACCAGGAGGUACUGGUCAUGGAGCAAAAUAGAGUUUUUCAAGAUCUUUCUGGUAAACCCGUGAAUAUAUUUUUAAAAAGUUUGUGACUAAAUGGUGCAUUAGUAACCUU